AUGAUACAAAUUAUGAACUGGUUUUCAAUGGCCAUAGGUCUCAUUCCGCUGAAUCGCCAGCAAUCGGAGUCCAAUGUGAUACUCGACUAUGCGAUGAUGCUGCUGGUGCCCGUCUUCUAUCUGGGCUGCUACUUUCUCAUCAACCUCACGCAUGCCUUUGGCCUGUGCUUCCUGGAUGCCUGCAACAGUGUGUGUCGCCUGAGCAACAACCUAUUCAUGCAUCUGGGCGCCUUCCUCUAUCUGACCGUCACCCUGAUGAGUCUCUAUCGGCGCAAGGACUUCUUUCUGCAGUUCGACGAGCGGCUGAACGCCAUCGAUGCUGUCAUACAGAAGUGUCGACAUGUGGCCGAAAUGGACAGGGUAAAGGUCACGGCGGUGAAGCACAGUGUGGCCUACCACUUCACCUGGCUGUUCCUCUUCUGUGUGUUUGCCUUUGCCCUCUACUACGAUAUCAGGGCACUAUAUCUCACCUUUGGCAACUACGCUUUCAUCCCCUUUAUGGUAUCGAGUUUCCCCUAUCUGGCCGGGAGUAUCAUCCAGGGCGAGUUCAUCUAUCAUGUGUCCGUCAUUUCGCAGCGCUUUGAGCAGAUCAACACAUUGUUCGAGAAAAUUAACCAGGAGGCCCGCCACCGACACGCCCCGCUCACCGUGUUCGAUAUCGAGAGCGAGGGCAAGAAGCAGGAGCGGAAGAACCUAACGCCCGCCACGGCCAUGGACUCGAGAGGGCCAUCGUUUGGCAAUGAGCAAAAGUUGUCCGGCGAAAUGAAACGUCAAAUGGCCGCUCCACCGCCUCCACCACCGCAGGGCCAACAAAAGAACGAGGAGGACGAAAUGGAUAGCAGCUAUGACGAGGACGAGGACGAUUUUGAUUAUGACAAUGCCACCAUUGUCGAGAAUACAGGAAACACUUCCGAGGCCAAUCUGCCGGACCUGUUCAAACUGCACGACAAAAUCCUUUCGCUCAGUGUAAUAACGAACGGGGAAUUCGGUCCCCAGUGCGUGCCCUAUAUGGCUGCCUGCUUUGUGGUCAGCAUUUUCGGCAUCUUCCUGGAGACCAAGGUGAACUUCAUUGUGAGCGGCAAGAGCCGCCUGUUGGACUACGUGACGUACUUGUAUGUCAUCUGGAGCUUCACCACCAUGGUGGUGGCCUACAUCGUGCUCCGGCUGUGCUGCAACGCCAACAACCACUCGAAGCAGUCGGCCAUGAUUGUCCACGAGAUAAUGCAGAAGAAGCCGGCCUUCAUGCUGAGCAACGAUCUCUUCUACAACAAGAUGAAAUCGUUCACCCUGCAGUUCCUGCACUGGGAGGGCUAUUUCCAGUUCAACGGCAUCGGCCUGUUCGCCCUCGACUACACGUUCAUCUUUUCGACCGUGAGUGCCGCCACAUCGUAUUUAAUCGUCCUGCUGCAGUUCGACAUGACGGCCAUUCUGCGGAACGAGGGCCUCAUGUCAUAA